AUGUUGGUGUUGGUCAUUGGAAACUUUUGUGAGAUUCACUUGGUCAAGGGUGACUAUGACGAAAAUCGCCGCUUGCCCGCCCUCCUUAUACUGCACUACCCGCCGCUGCGCAUCGGCGUCAUCCACGGCCACCAAGUCAUUCCCGCGGGCGACCGCGCAGCGCUUUCAUCGCUCGCACGCUCCAUGGAUGUGGAUGUGCUUCUCAGUGGAUACACGCACCAAUUCGAGGCGUAUGCAUACGAGGGGCGCUUCUUCAUCAACCCGGGCUCUGCGACGGGCGCUUGGACGACCGACAUGCCGCUGCCUGUGACCCCACCCGAAACCGCAGCGAAUAAGGAGACAGUCAAGAAGGAAGAUGCGCCACUUGCUGACAAGCACACGGAAGAAGUCACUGAAAAGAGCGACGCAAAAAAUGAGGCGGCACCCAAGCCCAGCGAGCCGCAGCUCACCGACGAGGAGCUCGCUGCGAAAAGUGUCCAGAUGGGAACCACCCCGUCCUUUGCCUUGCUCGAUAUCCAGGGUGCCGUCGUGGUCAUCUACGUGUACCAGCUGAUUGACGGCGACGUAAAAGUGGAAAAGCUCGAGUACCGCAAGCCCACGGUUGAGGUGCCAGGCACGUCCGAGUCCACAUAG